AGAAGCAUGUGUACGUUUGAAUGUCGAAAAAACUGUUAAGUACAUCAAACGUAUUUUAUACUCUUUUGAGCUUAUAAUAUUAUCAUUUCUGUUUAAUAAAAGUUUUCUUGAUUUUUUUUUUUUUUUAUAUAUAUAAUGAAAUUUGUGUUAAUUGUGUUUUUAUUUAUAUGUUUACAAUAUGAGACUUCUCAGUAUGAAAUAAACUCACAGAUUUAUCGGCCAUACCACAAUAGAUACUUACAGGCUAUGUACAGUUAUCCACAAACCGAUACAGUAUAUACUCGUAGUGUCUAUAGAAAUGUAAUACCGGAAAUCAGGAGUAAUAUUAUUCCAAAAAAGCCAAUAAAUGUUGAACCAAAUCCAAGUCAACCGAAUGAUAUUCUGUCGAAAUUAAAAUUUAUAAUGAUUCUAUUGAGAUAUAAUCAAGAUCAUUCGACCACUGAUGAAUCAUCAAAGAAAGUGCAGGAUGAUCCAAAUGCUGAAACCUACAAAGGAAAGUCUACAAAAAAAACGUUGGCAUCUUUUAGAUCAGCGUCCGUGUAAAAUAUAUUAAGUAAAAAUUUAAUUAACUAAGUGAUAACAAGAAUAUUAGGUAAUAA